UAAAACGGGUUUUAAAUUGAAACUUAUGCUGCACGAUUUUUAAACGCGGGAAUAAAUUUCCUUAGUUAAUUCUUUAUUUAAAUUGAAUCUCACAUUUGAAUAUCAUUUGGUUAGGGAGAGACGCUUUAAUUGCAAGCGAACCAACGAACGUUUGAAAUUUAAAGUGGUCUAAGCAAACAGAAUGGUUAAGAUUAAACUGGAUUUCGCCUCUAAAUGGUCCAUGUUGGUAAUUCUAUUGAUGAUAUUUUUCUCCCGGCCUACCCACAGCAUUUCUCCGGAUCAAAAAGACCAAAUUAAUACUGGCCUUGAACUUGCUAAAGGGAUAGCGGAACUGUUUGAAAAAGAGGAAUUUAGAAAAUCUUUAACAAAGAUCGCAAAAGAUGUUGGUCCCUACCUUGGUGUAUUAGGCCCAUUUAUAGGGGUCGUAUUGGCGUUCAUUCCAUCAGAGUCAGACGAAUUGUUUUUCAUGAAAAAUAUGAUGACAAAUAUCGACAAUCGUUUGGAUAAAAUGGACACUCGAUUUAACAACAUCGAGCGGUUGAUUCAGUGGGAUGCUGUUGCUAUCAAGUUCGCACAAUUAGAACAAAAGAUCAAUGCGGUGUCGCGAGAGUUUCAAUUUAUUUAUAAAGUUCGUAAGGGUGCUGUGGAAAAUAGAAAGCUAAUUUUUACUGUGAAUUAUGAUGGCGAUUACCAGAAUAGUGGCUCAAAAUUGUAUGACGCCAUCGUCGAAAAGCAUGGUACAUUUCAAGAAGAUCUUGGUACUUCUGUUUUGCGUUAUACUGACAAUGACCGCAAUAAGACACAGGUUUUUCUACUUGGUGUAAUGAAAAUUCUCUUGCGAGCUGUAAAAAUUGAAUUGGGGUAUCUUUUAGUUAAAGGAUUUACCAUAAAUGCAGAGUUUAUGAAGUCUGAUUGGGAAAAGAGAAUACAAGAAGUGACAGCGAAGUUUGAACAAAUUGACGAUCAGUGCGCAAAUGUAAAUUAUCGACCUCAAUCUGGAAAGGAAAUAGACGCAUACGCUCUUACAAACAGUGAUAAGACAAAUAACGAAUUUGCCACUGGACUAUUUAAUCUCCUUAGCGGGAAAUACUACUGGAGGGACUGGGUUGUUCUCGCCUAUGACCCCAUAACUGGCCGUGAAAAUCAUUGGGUAGGGGUUGAUGGAGGACACGUCAAAAUUGGGAAAAAUGGCCGAAACAUAGUUGUGGCUAGUGUGGACAAGAGCCAUGCAGUAUUGGACCUAGCGAGAGCGAGACAGAGAAUGGAAAAAGUAGCCGAGACAAAACGGGAUAAAAAUUGGUGGGGAAUCUCUAAAGUGUAUAGAACUGCAAAAGAAAUUUGGAACGCUUUAGAUAGAAAAGGUGCCUCCUUUACGUGUGUUGUAAGAAGUGGAAAAAAUGCUUAUUUCCAUUUCCACUCUAGGAAAGUAACAUUUGUCCAAAAAAAGAAUUUUCAACUCAUGAUGUGGGGCUGAAAGAUUUUAAGCAUGAGCAGUCAAAGUAGUAGUGUCACUCCCUGAUCAAAUAAAUAUUUAGAAUUCAA